AGCUCCCAAGCUUUCUCUGCUCGUUUCAUUUACUCAUUACGAUGCCGCUAAUUUUUGGAAGGAAUAAUGAUAAUUCUAGUUCAAUCAGACGCUCGGGGUUUCUUCACGGGAUGCAGUGUAUCUCCGUCUAUGGAUCGCCGGAGGAGAAAAGCGAGGAUAGGAGGAGGUUGUCUUCGACGGUGGAGAUAGACGAUGAUGAUUUGGGGUCUUGCAGUUCGUCUUCGAUUGGAAGGAACAGUGAUGAUUCUGGUGAAUCCCAAUCAGAUGAUGAUGACUCACCGGAGGCGGAAGUGAAAAGCCAGCCGAAAGGACCUUUGGACACAUGGAUGCUCUCGAGGAGGUUUUGCCCAAGAGAAAAGGCAUAUCCCAGUUUUAUAAUGGCAAAUCAAAGUCCUUCACAAGUGUAGCCUAUGCAGUUAUGCUUCCUCUGUCAAAGAUUUUGCAAAGCCAGAAGAUCCCUACAGUAAGAAACGCAAGAACUUAUUAGUCCGUGGUUCUUUACUGGACAGUAAACGCAAUAAUCCUUUGAGAAACUAUGUAACUGAGAUAUCUAAGAGAGUAUCCAACACCAACCGAAUCAAGUGGCUCUGGGAUCUGCAACAAUCAGCUCUGACAUCAAUCAACCUCAUCAUCACCAUUACUGUCUUCCACCUCUGCAUCCACCGUGUAAAAAAUCAACUACAAGCAGACCAUUGUCAUCAUCGACUAAUAGACCAAACCCCCCUGCCGAUCUUUUCCUUAUUGAUCUACAGUUUAUUGCUGCCGGAACUCCUAACAUUGCUGGUUUUGCUGUUCACAGUGGCAACAAGGGCAAUAUACUGCACUGAAUUUAACUGAAGUUCAACUUACAAAAUUACGGAACUUGAUCUUUCUACAAGGUUCGUAGUUUAGUCUUGGAGUCAGUCAUUUGCCACGUCAUGCUUUGAUCUAAUACUUCUAGUUUGAAGUGCUAGGUAUACCAUGAUGAUGAGUUUAGAAGUAAUUCCUAAUGUAUGUUCUCUUGUUUGCUUUGAGUCGACGAUGAGAGCAUUAUUGUAUGGAACUAUAAGUAAAAUGCAUUCUCUUCCUGAGCAGCAAAUGUUUUUUUUUCUAAA